AUGGGUACCGGUAUCGUUGCAAUCCUUCUUCACAACCUCCCAUAUAACGGAACCUGGUUAUACUGGAUCUCGAUCGUCCUUUUCGUUCUAAAUAUAGCGCUUUUUGUUCUUUUCACAUUGAUAUCCGCGCUCCGAUACUUUGCAUAUCCAGGGCUGUUUAUGACUAUGAUUCGGCAUCCUGCUGUACCUCUGCUCCUGGGAGCCUUCCCGAUUGCCCUCUGCACAAUCAUUGAGAUGAUUGUCUUGGUCUGCGUGCCCGCAUGGGGUGAGUGGGCGGUUACUCUGGCAUGGGCGCUGUGGUGGAUUGACGUAGCUAUAUCCAUUGUCAUUUCCUACGUUAUCCCAUUCAUUAUUAUGCAUGUCCAUCAUGUAGAGCUGGCCACGCUUUCUGCAACCUGGCUUCUCCCCGUCGCCGCUGCCAUCGUCGCGUCUGCCAUCGGCGCCGUCGUUGCCGGAGCCCUCGAAAAUGAACAGCAUGCUCUUUGGACUCUCAUCACAUCCUACUUCCUAUGGGGCACCGCAAUGCCACUGUCGUUCACUUGCUUGGUCAUUUACUUUCAACGCCUCUCAAUGCACAGCCUACCGCCGCCUGAAGCCAUCGUCUCCAUGUUCUUACCCGUGGCGCCCCUUGGCCAGGGCGGAUUUGCAAUUAUACAGCUGGGGAAGGUCGCUGCCGAGGUGUUUCCAAAGACUGAGACUUUGGGAAAGAUGGGCACUCAUUCUGGAGAGAUAUUGUACGUUGUGGGCUGGAUAGUUGGGUUUAUCAUGUGGGCAAAUGGCCUGGCAUGGAUUUUCUUUGCGCUGGCCAGCAUCAGUCGACGCAGGUUUCCCUUCAACAUUGGCUGGUGGGGAUUUACUUUUCCUCUUGGUGUAUGGGCUGGUGCAACGAUUGCGAUUGGGCAGGAAAUGCCAUCUCGAUUCUUCAAUGUUCUGGGAACAAUUGCCGCGAUCAUUGUCAUGCUUCUAUGGAUUGUGGUUGCUCUUGGCACGAUACGGAAAGUGAUAGAUGGCAAGAUAUUCACAGCACCGGAUUUUGAACAAUGGAAUAAGGAUAAGCGUAGAGCCUUGGAGUCGGCCUGA